GAUUUAUCUUCUUUACCAGGAAACAUUGGCUUUAAAAAGGACAGAGAAGCUCUCUUACAGCACACCAACAACCAAACACACACCUGACCAGGUCCAUCUGUUUGACUUUCACCCGAUAAUGGAGUCUGCUAUUGGUGUGCUCGUGUCCCAGUUCAAGGCCUACGCUGGCAAAGAUGGUUCCUCUGACACACUGAGCAGGGACGAGUUUCAAAAACUGGUCAAAUCGGAGCUCUCCAACUUUGUCAAGAAUGCAAGUGACCCUGCUGCCGUUGACCAGCUCAUGAGUUCAUUGGACAUGAACAAUGAUGGAGAGCUGUGCUUCCUGGAGUUCUGGCAGCUGAUUGGGCGUCUGGCAAACAAGCAUGGGGGAUUCAGCCAAUAGAGUGUCCUCUAAUACUCUCUGUUUUUUUAAUAUAGUUUUAUGGGUGCUACUGAACUUUUGGUGUGCCAAAAAGAGAAAUCUUUCAAAAAUAAUAAUAAAAUAAUCACCUCAAACAGUUUCAUCUGCUGAAAAGUUCAAAGAGUCUCUUAAGUACACUAAUAAAACAAACUGUUUGCAAUUUA